ACCAAGAUGUCUACACAUAAAAAGAAGACCAGGAAGCUUCGUGGUCACGUCAGCCAUGGUCAUGGACGUAUAGGUAAGCACAGGAAGCACCCUGGUGGUCGUGGUAAUGCUGGUGGUCUGCACCAUCAUCGUAUCAACUUUGAUAAAUACCAUCCUGGUUACUUUGGAAAGCUUGGUAUGCGGAAUUACCAUUUGCGACGUAAUACGAAAUGGUGCCCUACGUUAAAUUUGGAUAAAUUAUGGACAUUGGUUUCUGAACAAACCAGGCUUAAAUAUAAAGAAUCAGAAAAUAAAGUCCCAGUAAUUGACCUUGUUAAAGCAGGGUAUUACAAACUUUUAGGAAAAGGACGACUUCCUAAACAACCAGUUAUUGUUAAAGCUAAAUUUUUCAGUAAACUGGCAGAAGACAAAGUCAAGGCAGUUGGAGGUGUCUGUGUCCUCUGUGCUUAAGGAUGCAGGAGCUGAAGCCUUGAACAAACCUGCUGUGUAUAAUUCUGAUAAGUUUAUAUUCUUAAU